UAACGUGUCUUGAAUACAGAGGCUCUGCAGUGGAGCACCAAGUGCCCCCCAGAGAAGGAGACGAGAGGCCACACGGGAUUACAGGCCUUUCAGAACAGUGCUGUUUUUUUACUACAGCAGAACUGGAGCUGAGUGAAGCCCGAGGAGGAAACAUGUCUGCUGACCAGGAGCCCACGUUCACAGUCAAGAUGCUGCAGCUGCUGCUGCUCUCCACCUACUGGGGGAUGCAAAUCUGGGUCACAUUCAUUUCAAGCUUUGUGAUGGACAGCCACCUCACCAGACACACAUACGGUUUCAUUCAGAGUCGGCUGGUGCCCUUCUAUCUCCACUUGGGUGCAGCUUGUGCCUUCUUUAACCUCACCAUCUACGCCAUCUAUCAUCCCAGCGACUUGCUAGAUGAGCGAGAAGCCUUUCAGAUCUUCAUCUUCUUUGUGUCUGUGACGGUGGCGGCCAUUAACGCUCAGUGGUUUGGUCAAAUGGCGUCAGAGAUGAUGGCUGACAUGCACCUUAUGGAGCAGGCGUGCGGCCUGGGCCAGGACAUAGGCCUGUCAUCCAACCGCAAAGCUUAUGCAAAACUGUGCGAGACGGACGUGAAAUACCGCCACCUGAGCAGCCGCCUGUGGCUGUACAGACUGCUGUCAUCCCUCUGUAACCUCUGCUGCAUCUGCUGCAACUUCUACAGCCUUUGCAAUAUGGCUGAAAACCUCGUGGCACUCUAAGAGACUGUGCUGCAGAAGCUCUGAGGUUUUUGUACUAAAGCACUCAGUCAUAUAUAACACAGUGUCACAUUUCCCUCUGUCAUGUGACGAGAAGCGUCAGAUGACGCGUGCUGAGUUUUCUCUCCCCAUCACUUUCGUUUGUUCUCACUAAAGCCAGAGAAAUGGUGUGUGUUUUUCUUUUUUUUUUUGAAUAUAGAGAAUAACAGUUUGACAAUACAAUGUGGAAAAAAAAUUCUACAUUUUAAGUAUAUAAAGGAAACACCUAUAUGGUGGUAGAGUGGCCG